CGCGAUCGCAAAUCAUCUUCUCGAAGGGUCCGCCCGGUUAUCCAAUUCCACAACACAGGUCUGCACAUAAACUGGGACGUGACGAUAUGCCUCCGAUCACUGGAGCCCAAAAGGCUGUGUUAACCCAGUUUAUGUCCAUUACUGGGGCGCCAGAGAAGACUGCAACGAAGAUUCUCAAGGCGUCGCAAUGGAAGUUAGAGCAAGCUUGCGACAGCUACUUCACAUCGAACGGAUUAGGACCCAGUUCGAAAGAGAGGGAUGCAUUAGCAAAGCUGUUUGAGUCAUACAGAGAUCAAACCGAUGAGGAUGAUACUAUCGGCGUGGCGGGCACCAUGAGAUAUUUUGAAGACCUCGGGAUCGACUUGGAGUCAGUCGAGUUCUUGGUUCCUAUGGAGAUAGUUCAGGCGCCAGCGCUAGGAGAAAUAACGAAAGAUGGCUUCGUGGAAGGCUGGAAAACGAUUGGUGCGGAUACUAUAUCGAAGCAAAAGGCAUACGUCGCAGACCAAGUGAAGAAGCUCAGUUCCGAUAUGGCUCUCUUUAAGCGUGUGUACAGAUAUACUUUUAUUUGCACAAGAGAAAAGGGGCAAAAGGCUCUCCUACUUGAAAAUGCCCUCAUCUACUGGGGAUUAUUAUUCAACCCGCCUGGGAAGCCUUGGGUCACUGCUUCGACCAACUGGACCGAAUUGUGGAGCGAAUUUCUGAAAUCAAAGUGGUCGAAGAGUGUUAACAAGGAUAUGUGGAACCAGACCUUUGAGUUCUUCCAAAAGACGUUGCAGGACGAGACCAUGAGUUUCUGGAGUGAGGAUGGUGCUUGGCCAGGAGUCAUUGAUGAGUUUGUAGCAUAUGUUAAGGAGAAAAGGGGAGGCGAGCCUGAGAGUAUGGAGACCGAUUAGACUACUUACUAAGUAAGAGUGGAUUGACUUUUCUUUCGAUCACUUGAGCGAAGCAUUGCACGGUUGCACAAAGGCGUCUAUUGGAAGCACCUCAGGGUUUAGAUCCCAAGGAACAUAUCAUGAAUGUGACAUUCGACAAAUAUACAAAGCCUUAACUGUGCCUGUUGUACAGUCUAUUGAGAUGUAAUUUGGGUCCUUUACGCCUCGCAAUACAAUAUAAUACAAACCCCCCAGACAACUAACUGUGC